ACGCCCGCAGUCUCCAGUUGUUAGUUUGUCAGUUGUCGCGGGAGCUGAAGCCGGUGAAAAUGUUUUACGCAAAUUUAUUGAAUUUCCCGUUGGCCGCAACUGUUGUUCUUCUUAUUGUUGCAGCAUCAGACGUUGCAGCCAAAGAUACAUUUCCUGCUCCUUUGAAACGGUGUCGGGUGGACGAUGAAGCAUGCAUUGUCAGACAAGGUCAAGCCUUUUUCCAGAAUUUCAAGAACGGUUUGCCAGACCGCCAGAUACCCAGUUUAGAGCCCCUGCAAUUGGGCACACUUAGGGUGGUAAGUGGUGGCCCUGGUGACUCGCUACACUUCACAUUGGUGUUGACGGAUACCACGCUUCACAAUUUCGGUGACUCGGUGGUGGUCAAGAGCCUUAAGGGCUUCACCAAGGAUCUAACCAAACCGCUCAAGCUGACCUUUGUCACAGCCAUGCCGGAACUGGAGCUGCACGCCAAAUAUGAUGUGAAUGGCAAAAUAUUGAUCCUGCCUAUAGUCAGCCAGGGCGAUGUCGUCAUGAAGCUAACCAAGGUGCUUGCCAAAACGCGGAUAAGUGCGGAGCCGGACAAGCGUGCAGAUGGCCGCACGUAUUUGAAGAUCGUCGAAUAUAAAACGGUCACCAAAGUUGGCACUGGUCGAUUUAACAUGUCGAAUCUUUUCAACGACAAUGAAGAACUGCGAGAAACCACUCUGAAAACCCUAAACGAUCAAUGGGAUGCUCUAUCAAAUGAUGUGCAGCCCAAAAUUAAUGAAGCCCUGGAUCGCGUCUUCAAAAUGUCCCUGCAACGUUUAUGGGACAAUAUACCAUACGAUGAAUUCUUUGAAGACGAUUAAAUGUAUUAUAUAAAGUUUAAAUUGUACUUGUAUAGUAUCUACAAUAUGAUAUGUGUAUAGAGUAGAAAAAAGUGAAACUGGUAACAAAGUAAAA